AUGGAACAAUAUUGGAUCUCGCUUGGAAAUGAUUGCCAGAUUGAUUUAUUCAAAUGGAUGCAAAGAUUAACUUUCGAAUUGGUAUCUAAGAUCACUACUGGAAAAAGAGCUUACUCUUUACCUUCUUAUUUUGAUACUUUAUCAACUAAAAAAGCAGAUGUUCCAUUAACUAUAUUAGAAGAUUCUGAAGCAUUGAUCAGAAAUUUACAAGAAUUUAUUGAUGCAAUCCCAAUAUUUACCAUUUCCCAUAUUAUAUUAGGCAUUAUGUUCCCACAAUUAAAAAUAUAUGUAGUUUGUUUUUAG